UCUUCUCAUUACUGAGGGUGGCAAAAACACAAACUAGCUGUCCACGGAGAAAACCUUACAUGUGAAGUUCAGAUCUGAAGCGUUUAGCUUCCGAACAAACCCACGCCAUCGGCCGAGAGAAGAUCCUCUGAGAGAUCCGCCCCGGUCCCGCAAGGCACCGCGCCCUUCUUCCUCCUCAGAAAGUUCAACAUCUCGCCGCUUGUUUCCGGAUCUGAGCGAGGGAUCUGCGGCGUCGGGUCUCUUUGGGGGAGGAUGAACUGGAUCGGGCGCAAGAUCCACCUUUACAAUGUCAACAUCGGCCUCUACAUGCUCGAUUGGUGGGAGCGCUACCUCUUCAAUACAUUGAUGCUUUGCCUUCUCUGGUACAUUCUACGGUAUCUCACUGGGUUCUUUCAAAGUAAUCUGGAGACCAUCCUACAAGGUGCGAACUAUCUUCUACAAGGUAGUUAAUCGUCGAAGGCAAAAGCACAUAUGUUGAUGGCUUUAUGGAACUCCCCCUGUAUAAUCUAUGUUUUGAUUAGUCUCAGCUGAGAAACUAGAAAGGAACGACUUAUGUGUUGUUGUGUUUGUAGCCGUCUUUUACUGUAUGUUUGCAUUGUCCAUGGUGGUUGUGGUAUAUUGAUGUUGCUGAUUCUCAGUUGACUGCCUGGAACUUCCGUAAAUCUAGUCACCUCGGUUUGCACAUCCCUAAACCUAAAAUUCGCAGUUCAACUUUUAGCCUUCUCAUUUUUCUUAGUUGGCUUCAUACAAUCCAGUAAUUAUGUAAGAGGAUGUCAUGAACUUGGCUUACACUGUCCAUAUGUAUAGCCCUCUGUAUUUUGGAAUUUAUCUUUUCUUUUUUACCUUA